AUGCUAACAAUAACCUCAGAUGACAAGGGAACAUAUUAUAUAAAAACGCAAUAAGAGAUUGAAUUAGUAAAAAAACAACUCUAAAAACUAAAGCCCAAUUGUAAUUCUUAUUAAAUAAAAAGUAGCUUAGACAUCAUCAUUUCUAUAAAAUUAAUAUAACUAAUUAAGUGAUUAGUUGAAAAGUCUUGAAGAUAAAUUGUAAAAUGUAAACUAAGCAUUUUAUGAUCAAUUAAUAAGCAAUUUUGAUAACACUGUUUAAAAGUUACCAAAUGUUAAUGAUAGUAUGUUAUGAAUAAAUUAGGAAACUUUUAACCGCAAUUCUAUACAAAUUCUUAAAAUAAUAUGUAUCAGUAAGUUCAAUUGCCAUUUAUUGACUAAUUUUUGAAUGUACGCACACUCCCAUAAGUGAGGUAUAAAAAUGAUUUAAAAUAAAUUAAGUGUAGAACCAUUAGGUAAAUCAACAUUAAAACCAAAAGGAUUACAUUCGGUUAAAAGUGCAAUAUAAUGUAAGUAAAUAUUUAAAGAUGAUUUAAUUUAGUCACUCGUAAGUUUUAAUCAAAAAAACAAUCUUAGUAAUAAUUGAGUAAAGUUGAUGAUCUAACUUUAUAUAAGAAAGGGAUUACAGAGCUUGUAAACUAAGGUACGAUUAAAAAAUAAGACAUCAAUACUUUAUUAAAUCAAAACAAUAUUGCUUUUAGAAAUUAAUAAGCGAAGUAUUACACAUUAGAUAUUCUAUAGUUUUUUUGAUUUUACAGAUUAAUAUGGGAGUAAAAUUGUUUAACUUGAGAGUUAAUCAUCUUAGAAUAUAUAUAAAACUGAUUUGAAGAAGAAUGUCAUUUAGACAAAUACUUAGAAUUAAAGUCAGCAAUAAGUUUAAGAAAAUAAUAAAGUCAAUUUUAAUUAUUAAAAAAAAAUGAGCAUUUAAAGUAAAUAAAAACCAAAAUAUGUGGAUGCUAAGGAAGCAACAUCAUUAUCAAAAGAGCAUGAAAGACCAAUUUCAGAAUAAUUAUAAAAUUUAAGUACUCAAGCAGAAUAUCUUAUACAUGUUAAAAAUGGAUUAUUAUAGACAGAUUAAUUAUAAUAUGUUUAAUUUUAAAAUAGAUAUUAUGAAAAUUGGAGUAAGAUAGAACCAAUUUUGAUUAGUUUAUAGAAGAUAGCAUAAUCAACAUCAAUUUAGGAUUGUAGAAUACUUGGUUCAAAAGUGUAGAAAUUAUCUUAAGAGUUUGAUAGAAGUUCAGUUUUUACAAUGGCAGAGUUGCUUUAAUGUUUUGAGAAUUGGGAAGAUUUAUAAAAAAUAUUAAAGGUUCCAACAUUAUUAUAUAAAUCAAAAGAUGGUAAAAUAUAAGCAGCAAAUAAAAUUUCUGCAUAUUUUAGAGGCUAUUAAGCUAGAAAAAAUUAUUAUAGAUUGAAGAUUAUGGUAGAAAAAGUUGUUAUAAUUUAAAGAUCAAUGAGAGUGUCAUUAUUUAGAAAAAAAGUUCAAAAAUAGAUAAUAAAAAAUAAUAAUUUUAUGCUUGAGAGAUUUAAAAAUAGAUAGAAUGUAUUUAAAGAAGAAUGGCCAUAUUUGAAAAUAUAACAAAGAUUUGAGAUUCAUUUAAAUUCAUUUUCAUUUGAAGAAAUUAAAAGAUUGUCAAUGGAUAAAUUUCCUUAGAGAUAGAAUACUUAAAUAACAAGAAUAUUUAAUUUAAAAGAUCCACUUGUUCAUAUAAUAUAUAUAGCUCCAUUUGAUUUACCUAGUGAAUUGAUUGAUUACUUUUACAAAAUUUUAAAUCUUGGAGACAUUUCUGAUUGUAAAAAUAGAUUACACUUUGUUUGGCCUGUAUAAAUAUAAAUUAUAAUAGGAAAAUCAUAAUAUCUUUAACAAUCAUAUGGGAUUGUCUCAAUUACUUUAUUAUUCACCUAGAGCAUUAAAAAGAAUUAAAAAUUUAAUUAGAGGAUAAGCAGCAUUUAUUGUACCUGGAGUCUGUUCUAAUGAUGAUAUUAAAAUAUCUGAUAUUCUAAAUAUUCCUAUAUUUUCAGGGAUUCCUUAAUUACAUUAAUAUUAUUCAACUAAAUCAGGUUGUAAAGUUUUAUUUGAUGAAUUACAAAUGCCUCAACCUCCAACUAUCAGAAAUAUAUAUGACGAAAAAGAAUUAAUUAACUCUUUGUCAGUUUUAAUAAUUAAAAAUCCUAUAAUUAAUACAUGGAUAAUAAAGGUAGAUGAUGAAUCAUAAGGAAGAGGCAUUGCUUGGUUAGAAGUCUAGAAAAUGAUCAAAAAAAUAUAACCUCUAGAAAUCAAUUAGUUAGCAUAAUUAUUGACAAAGAAAAUUAAAAAAAAAUUACAUUAUGCUUUUCCUCAUUUAUAUGGUGGAUAUCAUGAAUUUAUUAUGAGUAUAACUAAUAGAGGAGGAAUAAUUGAAGGAGCACCUUUAAAUAGAUUAUCUUAAAUACAUUCUAUUUCAUAUAACUUUAAAAUAGAGCCUAAUGGAGAGAUUUCUUUAUUGGGUUCUUAUGAAAAAAUUAAAACUAAUGAAAUUUAAACAAUUGCAUCUGUAAAUCCAUAAUCUUAUUUGAAAAUUAAUCAAGAAGUGUUAUGUCAUCAGAUUGCUUAAAAACUGUAUAGUAAAGGUUUAAUUGGAUAUUUUACUAUUGAUACUAUUGGAUAUUAAUAAGAAAAUAAUAAGUAGGGAUUUCAGAUUAUUGGUUUGGAUUGCUUUUUAAAUCAAUAUAGUAGUGCCUCUAUAUACUUUGAUUUUCUAAUGAGAGGCAGAUUAGAUGUUUCUACAGGUAGUUAUUAUGUAGAAGAUACAAACAGAUAAGCCAAUGUAAGAUAUUCAGUUUAUUGUCCUACAAUAAUGAAUGAAGGAUUGGAUGUAUUAUAAUAUAAGACAUUCUUUUAAUUAUGCAGAUUGGAAUCAAUCUCAUUCAAUUUAGAAAAAAAGAUUGGAUCUACUUUUAUACUUGUGGACUCAUUAUAAAGUGGUGUGAUUAGUCUAAUGACAGUUGGCAUUAAUUCUCCUCAGGUUAUAAAGUACAUGAUUGAUGCUAUUGCUUUUAUAUAGAAAAAUGUUGGAAGAGGAACUGAGCAAAUUUAGAUUAAUACCAGGUAAUGAUAAUAAUGAUUUAAUUUAGAACUGAUAGAGUCAAUAUGAUGUCGAUUCAUUAAAAACUUAAGACUAUGUUAAAAAGAUUGGAAGGAAGUGAGUACAAAAUUCAAAAUAGCUAAUAUUUAUGA